GAAAUAAAUCAUACUUUACAACUAUGGCAGAAGAAUCGGAAAGUAUGGAAGAGAAAACAAUCCGUGAAAAUAAAGGAAUUCUAGAGCAACAACUUUAUUCUUCAGUGCUAUAUCAAGAUAUCACACAAUUUAAAGAACUUUGUUCAGAACUACCACAGGCGUUUGAUUUAGAUUUUUUUAUUGACUGUGAUAGAGAGGAAAACUGCUUAGUACUUCUGUCAUGUGCAAAACCAGUAGAAUUCCUCAGAAUUAUAGCUGAAGAAGGAGCCAACUUGUACGUUACGACUCCCACCGGGAAGAACGCUUUACACGUUGCUUGUGAAUACGGAAGGCUUGAUGUUGUGAAAUUUCUUGUGGAAAAUAUAAAAGACGAUUCUUUUCUCCUCGCAGAAACUUUGAAUGGACACAGUGUUAUAUAUUCCACCCUAUGCGCAGAACAAAACCGUGAAGAAAUACUAAAAUAUCUCAAGUUGACAGCGAGGAUAGACAUUAAUCGAGUACUUUCAAAUGGAUCUACAGAGUUAAUUGUGGCUGUCAAUGAGAAAAAAUUUGAGUCGGUUAAAAUUCUAUGUGAAUAUGGAGCUGACCCGAACGUUGGGGUAUAUCGUACUUAUAGGGCGAUCCACAUUGCCUGUCAACAACCGCAAAAUGCCAACACGAUACAACUACUACUUGAUCAUGGGGCUAACAAGGACGAGCCGUGGAGAAAUGGUCAACUUCCGGUCCAUUUGGCGAUCAAGCAUAGGUUUGAUGAAAAUGUAUCCAUUUUUUUGCAGGCUGGAGCGAAAUUUGAAGGACAAAUUAAGCUACACAACAGGAAAUAUAGAAACAUCUCUUAUAUUUGUUUAAUGGCUUUGAAAUGUCCAGCGCUUGUUCCAGACCUUUUGCGAAAAGGAGCUAAUCCAAAUGAUAUCCAUCUUCCGACCGGGUCUUCUGUGCUUGGACUUGUACUUGAAAACAAUGGAGGAAAAGAAACAAUAGAGGCUAUCAUCCAGUCGGGAGCUAAUCCAAAGGAGAAGCAUAGGGGGGAAUCUCUCGUAAAAUGUUGCCGAAAUCUGGAUCAGAUUUUAGUUCUGCUUGAACAUGGGAUAGAACUGAAAUCGAUAGAAAAUGAUUUGGGAAAAUCCUUAUUGAGAAUGGCUAUCUCGGAAAAUGAUCUUUUUGAUGAAGAAUAUUUUGAGAGAAAAAUUCAAGUCCUCUUAUCCCAAGGAGCAAAAUUUCAGCCAACUCCAACAAAUGAAGACUCCGAACUUAUGUUGGCACUUAAACGUCGAUUUUUUCGUAUCGCAAACUACUUCAUUGCAAAUGGAGCAGACGUCAAACAUGUUGGCGAAAAUGGGAACACGGUUCUACAUUUAAUUUGUAAAGAAAAUCAUGGAUGGCCAAUUUUUGUCAAAGAAACACACUGUCGAAAUUUCAUUCGAGGUAUUCAAAAAGCUGGCGCAAACUUCAACGCAAGAAACAAAGAGGGACUUACGCCACUCUUAUGUCAUUUGUUUUCUUCGCCAAGACCUGACAAGUUCAUUUUUGAAAGUCUCAUUUCAAAAGGAGCUGACAUGUACGUCUUGCAUCCGUCUUCAAAGAAAUCUAUUUUAGCUUACAUAAUCGAGAAUAGUCUCACCGAGUUACUAGCUGUUGUCCUGAAGGCAAACUACAAUGUCAACAGACCUGAAAGCAAUGGCGACGCUCCUGUCUUUUUAUGUCUUCUAGAUACUACCGUCAAGAAAGAGAUCUUUAGAAAACUGCUGGCAAACGGAGCAUCUGUAAAUGUCCAUGAUAAAAAUGGACAGUCCUUGAUUGAACGGGUGCUUCUUUUGAAGCAAAUUGUACCAUAUACAUGUACACAAUCUCAUUGGUUACUUGGUUUCAUGAGGACAGUGCAUUUACCAGCACCUCACCCUGAAAUGACCGAAUUAUUGACAUUGUUGUUCAGUCGAGGGGCGGAUGUUAACUUUGUUGGAAAAGAUGGAAAUACGCCACUUUUUACAGCAAUAAACGAAGAAAUGUUCAAGACGGCGAUAGAUCUGAUAGAACGAGGAGCUGAUGUCAAUUAUAUCGGAGCAAACAAUUUGACAACACUUGAAUGUUGUUAUGCUGUGUUUAAGAAAUCCAUCAAAGAGUCGCACCGGUCUUUUUAUACAGCUACCGAAAUAUCUUGCCAACAUGUCAUGUGUGCAAUAAUCGGUGCUGGAUUCCACCUAGAUAGAGUGCUAUCAAAUGGUCUUCUUCCUCUGGAUAUGGCCUCCCACGUUAACGACGCAGAUUCUGUGUUGGUGGUGAUGCUCUCAUCUUUAGUUGAUGCACCAAGCUUCUCUAAGGAAAAAGACGGCUUUCUACACAGUCUUUUAGACAAACACCCAAUCACUAUUUUAGCAUUUUUAACAAAAAAUCAGCAUGUACAUGUCUCAAGGAACAAAGAUGGCAAAUCGGCUUUUGAAGUAUAUAGCGAAAGCGUGUUUUAUGCACCAACAUGUGUGUGCAAGGAUUCAUCAGACACAGAUAAAAAACAGCUGGUGGAAUUUUGUCUUUUGCGUGUAAAGCUUGCAAUGAGAAAGAAAAAUCCACGUCUUCGCAUCUUUAGUCAACCAUUUGAAGCAAAGAUUUUAUACAAACAACAUCUAAAUAAUGAUAUCGAUUUGUCCGCUGUUUUGCCUGAACACAAGCUUCUUGAUGAUAAAAACAGAAUGGAAUUCAAAGAUGAAAAAUCGAUGAUCGAAGCAUUAGAAAUCAACGAAACGGUUUUUAAAAACAAAAUGGAACGUAUACAUUUGCUGACAAAAGCUUUCACUGGUUCAGUAUAUCCACACAUUGCCGAUGCCAUGGAAGAAUGUUGCAGUGCAAUCGGGCGUCUCAUGGCCUUCGAAAAUGUAUCAGCCAAUCGAAAGCUGUCAUGGGGAAUGCAUCCAAUUUGUGUUGCAGUAAAACUUAAUAGUACUGAACUUGUAAAAUUCAUGUUAAUGAGGGGAGCUGAUCCUAAUAUAAUGGAUUCUUGGGAUGAAACACCGCUAUCUCUAGCAAUAAUACUUCAAAAUCUUGAAAUGAUUCAACUGCUGAUUAAAGGAAAAGCAAAUGUUAACCACAUGGCAUCAAUUACAAGUGAUUUGCGGCAGUCACUCCUGAGCAGAAGUUUAAAGAUAUUUCUACACUCGGCAAUUCAAUGGGGUGUACCGAAGAACAACAUUCUGCUGAAAAUUGUUAAAGUUUUAGUCGAAAAUGGAGCAGACGUUAAUCUAGAUGUGGAAAAUGUUGACUCCGCUUUGAUAGAAGCUGUAAGAAUGCAGGACUUUGAAAUUGUCACGUUUUUACUGAAAAGUAAAGCCGAUAUCAACCAUAAAGGAAUACAGGGCUUAACUGCCCUCCAUGUUCAAUUAAUGCAAAGACCUAUUUCAAGAUACAGAGAUGCUGGCAGCAUCCUAAAUAUUUUAACAGCACACGGUGCAUCUGUUAAUAUUAAAUCAGUACAUGAUGAUGAAAGUAUGUUGAAUGUUCUAACAGCACACGGUGCAUCUGUUAAUAUUAAAUCAGUACAUGGUGAGACCCCAAUACAUGUGGCUUUAAGACAACAAAUCUUCAAAGUCAUUCCAAACCUCAUCUCUCAAAAUCUGGAGCCAAACAUAGCAGAUAACGACGGAUUAUCGUACUUAAUGUUGGCCGCACAAUUCGGAGAAGAAGACUUGGUUGAACAUUUUGUCGAUAUUGGAGUAGAUUGUUCUCUUGUCGAUUCUAAAGGCAACAGUGCACUUCAUUAUGCAUGCUACGAAAACUUCAAAACAUGUGUAUUUCACAUUCUUUUAAGAAAUGGUUGCAGCAUUAACCUAAAGAACAACGAAGGACUUACACCAUUGAACUUGUACUUGAUGAAACAUCAUAGAUUUGACCAUUUUUGCUUGUUUCUCGAAAACGGCUCAGAUCCUUCAAACUGUAUAGAGAACAUUCAUUCACCGCUUAUGAUUGUGCUCGAGAAAGGUUCUAGUGAAAUGGUACAGUGUAUAUUGGAACACGGUGUAGAUGUCAAUCAUCGUGGGGCAUCUAAUACCACUGCUCUGCAUAUUGCAUUAGAAAAAGAUUGUUUUGCAGGUUUUCAUUAUUCCCGAUUCAGAAGAUAUGAAAGCGAUGGCAAAACUAAAAUGAAAGAGAUGAAUAGGGAGGAGAGAGUGAACCAGUUACUUGAUGCAGGAGCGGACGUAAAUGCUGUUACAAGUGCAGGGUUAUCGCCCCUAUCGGUUCUGUUGCGUUCCAGCCAUUCUGAUGACACAAUGCGUAUCUUGUUGAAGUUAAUAGAAUGCAAAGCCGAUCCAAACAUUGGAACUAAUCCUCCUCUCUGUUUUGCUACAGCUGCAAUGGACAUCCCUAUUUUAAAGACUCUUGUGGAGGCAGGAGCAGAUGUAAACAAGUCGAACACAGAUGGAGAAUCACCACUUUGUUGUUGUCUUAAAAGUCAACAUAGAGAUGAAGAACGUAUUCUGAAUGCUGUAACAUUUCUUGUUGAAAACGGAGCGGUCGUCAAUUCAGAAAGAGGAACGGAUUCACCCUUACACUUCGCCGUUGCUUCAGGGUUGCGAAGAACGAUAGAGUUUUUAAUCGAAAAAGGCGCAAAAAUCAAUCAUGUUGGAAAUGGCGAUAUCACCCCAUUGAUGAAGCAUAUUUUAAAGAACGAUUCACAUAGAUGGUGGAAUAUGAAAGAAAAUGAUGUCAGUUUUCUUGAGCUUUUACUUCUUCAUAAUGCUAAUCCAAACGCAGAGGAUCGUGAUGGCAAUAGUGUUCUGAAUGUUGCACUAUCGAAAGUUACAGCCAUAGAUUAUAUUCGGAGUUUACUCAAAGCCGGUGCAGACCCCCUUCACAGUGGAAAAGAUGGGCUAAACGCUUACCAACAAGCGAUCGAAAAGGGCUGGACUUACAUUGAAUUAGUUAUGGAGGAAUACAAAUCAGAUCAUAUUACAAAUCAAUUGUUCUGCGUGUUUUGGAAAAAAGCUUUGGAAUGGAGAAAAUCAAUGGGCAAAAAUUUGGAUUCAUAUCACAAAUCUUCAUCGACCUAUAAGAUAAUCAAAGAUGUGUUCUUAAAGAUCCUCGCAUGCACAGACACAAUCAAUAUACACAUCACUGAUGAGAGAGAAAAUACCCCGUUAAUCUUUUUCAGCACACUAAACGAAUGUUCCAUCAUGAGGAUUUUGAUUGAAAAGGGAGCAGAUGUAAAUUAUGUUGGCGAGAACGGUUGGAAUGCAAUUCAUGCUUUAUAUGCAGGUUUAGAAUUUGAGGUUAAAUCUGAAGCAUUUGAAUUGCUUCUAAAACAUGACGGCGAUUUUUCCAGUGAAGACGAGGCCGGAGAAUCUGUUUUGGAUAAAGCAAUUGAAAAUUAUUUGGAAUCAUCAUACUUGGAUCAAAAUAGCAAUUCACGACAAUUUCUUCUCAGUGUCUUGAACUCUGGUAAACAUAUAAGAGAGUAUGAUGAUAUAUUACUCCAUGCUGCCAAAAUCGGUGACUUCCAUGUCGCAAAACAUAUCAUUCAGAAGGGAGCAGAUUGUACAGUUAAAGACGGGGCUGGACAUAAUGUUCUGCAAUUGUGGAUAACAAGCAGAAAAGCAGAGAAAUCCUUACACCAGUGUCUAGAUUUUAUAGAGACUUACAAAAAUCAUGGUGGUCCCUUGUCGGAAAUGGAUGAAAACCAAAAUACCCCUCUAAUGCUGUUUCUGGGUUCCAGCUUUUUACCAUCUUUAUUUGAUGAUCAAAUGUAUACCGAUAGAUUAAUUGAUAUGCUAACGACCAAAAGAAGUGUUGUAAACAAAAUUAAUUUAAUCGGAUUUACACCUUUAAUAAAAGCAGUCUCAGUUGGCGAUUUAAAUUGCAUAAAGAAACUUUUGGACAAAGGUGCAAAAAUCAAUAUCAAAGACAGACAAGGGAAUUCCCUCCUUCACCUGAGCACAUUAGGUGCCAGGAAAAGUUCCAGCAUUUUUGAAAUUGUGUCAUUUAUUCUCGACAAAGGCGCUUGUGUUCAUGUCAAUUCAAAAAAUAAGUUCAAAGAAACCCCUCUUUAUUUAACUCUAGAAAGAGUUGCAAACUCUACUGAUCGCUUCAAUUGUGUCCAAUUAUUACUAAAGAGUGGAGCAAAUCCAAACGUUGGAUGUUUUGAAAAAAAUCCAUUAGGAAAAGCAGUUGAUAUACAAGAUGUUGCGAUAGCAAACCUACUAUUACAACAUGGCGCUAAAGCACAGUUUGAUCUAGAAUUUGGAUCAACUUUGCCUCUGCAAAAAUUAUUUAGAUGGCGAAAUUCAAACGAUUUACAAAAAUAUAUUCCUCAAUUUGUUAUUCUUCUGAAUGAACGGAAAAACAAUAUUAAUACAGCAAUCGAUGGGAAACCAAUCUUGCAUUUUCUUGUCUCAAAAUCUGAAGAACCAGACAUUGGAACCAACUUAAUAAAAACAAUUCUCGAUUUGGGUGCCGAUGUUAACGCAGAGGAUAAUACUGGGUCUUCGGUAUUGUCUGUUCUCACCUCAAAUAACAUAGAUAAAAGAAAAGCAGCUAUAGGCAAAGUUCUUCUUGAAAACGGGGCGAAUCCCAACCAAGGAUAUAUUUUAUCCCAAGUUUUGAGCAAUUCUCGUCAUAGUGAUCAUAGUAAAUCUUUGAUCAUAAACCUUUUGGAUCACGGAGCCAAUCCAGAUUUAUAUAGAGGGCAACGACCUAAUAUAAUUCAAGCAGUCAAGAAUACAGACAAAGAUGUAGUUGUACAACUAGUGGAAAAAGGCGUCAAUGUGAAUGCUGUGGACGGCGAAAAGAACACAUGUUUACACUGGGCAUUAUCAUCAGGGAAAACUGGAGAUCAGAUUGAAAUUGCAUCGCUUCUAAUAUCCUAUCAAGUUAUUCUGGACACAGAAAACAAAAACGAACAAACCGCUUUAUCGUUGGAGAUUGAAAGAUUGGCAAACUGGACUAGAACCCAAUGGCCUUCAGACGGAGUUGCAAUCAUUGACCUUUCACUCUUCAAUAUGCUGAUUUGUGGAGGAAGCGAGUCAUUGAUUAAAAACCCCAAAAUAAGAGAUACGAGAACUUCACCUUUGGUAGAAUUGAUAAAAGCAGGAUUGUUGAAAACAGCAGCAACACUGGUAACAUGCGGAUAUGAUUUAAGUCAUGAUGAAGAGUUUGGACAGUUUGAUAUGUCUAAAAACGAUUGGUCGAAAAUCGUUUACCAAUACAGGCCAUACAAACGGAUUAAUUACGAAAAUGACGUAUUGCUUCUCGAAAAUGUCAUUGCUGACUCUAAAAACGAAGAAAUACCAGCAUUAGCACUCGCGUGCAGAAAAAUGAUAAGACAACUUUUGACUUCUUGUUCCAAAGGAGCAGAAAUUGAAUCAAAGAUAAUGUCAUUACCUCUUCCCCAAAAGAUGAAAUCAUUCUUGUCUCUUCGAGAGAACACAUUUGAGCAAGAAAUAAUCGAAAUUUUAGAAUGUACCGACAACAGACAGAUAUAUAUCUAUGAUUCUGAUGACAACUAUUAUGUCGAUUCUGAUGAUUAUGGAGAUGUCGGCUACUACUAUGAUGAUGAUUCAGACGAUGAAACUAUAUUUGACUGGUUUUAUUAGACGAACAAACAACAAAACAGAUUGAAAAAUAUCGCAAAACCGAUCAAAUAUUACCAGCGUUAUAUUUGUUUUUCUUUUGAAACUGAUGUGUAAAAGAACAUCUAGAAAAAUGCCAAGACUUUGAAAAAAGAUGUUGAUUUUAUAGUUCACCUUAGCGAAGAGUGAGCUAUUCAGAUCAAAUUAUAACCAUUGGUUCGGUAGUAAGCCAUUGGUUCCAAUCAAUGAUCAAAUUUCUCUAUGGAAAUUUAUAGCAUAAACGUUUUAAAUUAGAUGGGUUAUGAUUUGUUAGUGUUUCGAUAUCACCAUGGAAACUACCACAAGUUUUUAUCUACCAUUACACUAGCCUAGUAGGUAGUCGAAUCAAGGUUCACAAGUAGGUGGGUUUUUGUUGACAUAAAUUAUUUUUUUUUAAUUAAGGUAGCGAAUGCAAUUUAAUUCCAAUCGGACGAGAUUGUACUCGUACAAAAAUAUUUAUACAUUGAAAAACAUUCACAAGAAAAUGGGAGCAGUAAUAUCUUAAAGAUAGCACAGCUAGUUUAUUCAAAGCUUAGCGUUUCGAGUUACAUUCAUAUAAAGACAUCAAUUAUCAAUAUGAGUAUUGUUAAUAGGUAGCUGACCAAAAUUAAGAUUGGCAGUUCUAAAACGUCUAAGAAAUAGGUUUAUUCAUAAAUGGAUAAUGUGGGAUGAACUAUUUCAUGUAGACAAUCGGUUGUUGGCUGCAGAAAGAAACGCAACUAAUUUUCCUAAGAAAUAGUAGAUUUAACAUUCAUUGAUAUUAUUUGGUGAUUAUUAACAUGUAUGUUUAAGUGCCGUUGUUGUCAAAUUUAUUGGCUCAAACAGUGCCCUAUAGUACAUGUAUCAAUUUUAGCUUACCUGAACCGAAGGUUCAAGUGAGCUUUACUGGUGUCCGUCUGUAUGUCUCUCCGUCUGUCCGCCUUCUUGUAAAACUUUAUCAUUUAUUACUUUUUCUCCAAUAUCAUCAAUUGAUAAAACCGAGACCUUCGGACCAAUACUGGAGCCUCGGGUUGUAUUCAAGUAUUGCUUAGAAAUAUAUCUGUAAUAUGCUAUACAAGCAUACUAAGAUAGUGUCGAUUCUAAAUUGUUAAAAACUGUGUUCUCGGACUUACGCUGGAGCCCAAAUAGGAAUUCAAAGUUUAACAUAAAAAUGCUACAAUAUGUGAUAUCACUAUGCAAGCAUCCUUAAAUAGAAAAAACUAACAAAUUGUUAAAACAAUGACCCACGGACCAAUUAAUUGGCCCUGGGAGGGUCGAAGUUUAACAUCUUUUUUUUAAAUAUGUUUAAAAAUCUUCUUCUUGAGAACCACAAUAUGUAAUAUAUUAUAAACUCAUCUUUAAACAGUUGUUAAAAACUGUAACCCUCGGGCCAAAUCUGAUUCCCUAGGAUGUGUUCAAAGUUCAAACUUAAAAAAUAUAGGAAUAGUCAAAAUCAAACCUGUGGAAUAAUAAUGCAAGUGUCUUAAAAUAGUGUUAAAGUAUAUUCAGUAAUGCUAAAAUCGUGGCCCGGGAUCAAUACACAUCAAGGUUUCUUUUUAUAACUAUGUAUAGUUUAUUUUUACAUUUCAUUUUACGGUUAAGUUAUCCUGAUAACGCUGAGGCCUAAUGUAAUAACAUUGCAUUUUUGUGAUAAGGACAUGAUGUCCAAAAAAAUAGGCUUCUUUUUAUGCAUUGUUUUAAGUAUUGUCUAAUCUUGAAAUAGAUGAGAGUUUUACAUUACUUUUAAAGGGAUUCAUGUUUAAACAUUUCGAAAUAGAAUGAUACAAAGCCUAUUAUUAAGGUGAGCGCGAUUACAUUGCCUUUAAGAUAUGUAUACUCAAAAACAACAAAAACAACAUUCAUGAUAGAGCGUACGAGGAAUUAUAUAUAUAUAUAUAUAUAUAUUUAAUUCUAAAUAAGUAUUCAUUUGUCAAAUGAAUGUUUCUAAAAUUUAUAAUAUUCUUCCUAAAAGCUUAUUCUUUAUGUUAUGGUACACCUAAAUGUAUAUUGCUAUAUUUCAGACAUUUUGCUAAAUCAAAUGUUACUUUUUUAAGUUUUUCAUAAUCUGUUGUUAUCUUUUAUGCUGUUUUAUUUAAUUUUAAUAAAAUUAUGCUUCAUUUCCUACAUUUUGUAUUUGAGAUUAUAUGGAUUGGCUCAAAAUAAUUCUCAAAUCAGAUUUUCACCACACGAGAUGGACUCUAGAGUGACAACAGUUCUUUCAGGCCAAACUAAUGGCAACAAUUUGUUUCCCUGGAAGUUUUUAAAACUUUAAAGAUGACGGACAAUGAGUAACUUUCUUGGAAAAUUUAUUAACUCAACACUUUGUUCUUAAAAACAAAAAGCUUUGAAUUCUCUAGGAAGUGAUUGCAGAGGAGUUGCGAAAUAUUUUCGAAUACCGGGUUUUAAGCGACAAUAUUUGAUAUUAUUUAAAAAAUACCUUCAAAAAUGAAAUAUGAUUAUUUUCAUACACGGGUUUCCCCAAACGUAGUUUUGUUAUUUAUUGCAGUCAAAUACAAGUAGUAUUGAAUUUUAUGCUUAUUAUAUUUUAGUAAAUAAAUGAUGGAGAACCCCGUUUUCUUUCAGUUUAGCUUUUACAAAAAUAUAUUUUCUAGUACUUGUAACUGGUUCUCUGUCCGUCCUUGAAGAUGUAAUAAAAUUGUAGUAAUAGAAACCAGACUCAAGUUAAAAAUGUGGCAUUUUAUAACAUUUAAACAGGUUUGGCCUGUUUUAAAUAAAUUCAAUUUGAACUUUGGGUUUGCAUGCAGAGGUUUUUCCCAGGGAUGUGUAGGGCACUUAAGGAUUGUUUAACAUCUUUACAGUGCAAGAGAGACUGAUAAGUUAAAUCAAGUAUACUAGGACAUAAUUGGUACUUAACAUCAUGCGAUGAGCCAGAUUUUUUUUCCGGAGGGGGGGGGGGUAUGCAAGGGAUAUUUUUAUUUGCCUUGGGCCUAUUUCCUGUAGAUAAAUUUACCAACAUGUCGUCAAAAGUAUUAAAACAAAAGUUAGUUGUCCAAGUAGCGCCGGGGUAAAUGCACUCGCUUAUAACCGCUGCGACCCAAGUUUGAUCCGAGUGAUCGACAUCGGUUGUAUCUAAAAUGGUAAGGUGGUUGUCAGUUUGGAUACGUGGGUUUUCUUCGGGCACUCCAGUUUCCUCCCACAUUAAUUACUCAUUUGCACUAAAAUCAGUGCCAACGACAGAUAUUUAUAUAAGUUGUAGAACUUGCUUAUCAAUCUUU